CUGCCUAGAGCAUACUCAGGGUCAGGCCGCCCUCUUCCCGUCGUCCACCCUGCCCAGACAAGCAGCCCCCACACCUAUCUCUCUUUUCCCGUUGUCCACACCACUCCCAUAUUCCCAAAAAUUCCUACUUUCCUCUUUUCCUCACUCGCCCGCCGCCAUUCUUGUCGAUUACCCACUUUUCCCCCUCAAAGAUCCCCUUUAUUCGCUUAACCCACCACCAAAGCCGAAUUUCAGAGUCCAGGACUCAAAAAGGCGAAGUCUUUCCGUGUAGAAAAUACGACAAGCCAGCACAGGAAUGCAGCAGCCCUCGCAUCCGAUGUCCCAAAUCUCUCCGGGCAACAUUACCACAGAGCAGAUUCAGAAGUAUUUGGAUGAAAACAAGCAGCUGAUUUUGGCAAUUUUGGAUAAUCAGAAUUUGGGCAAACUUGCUGAAUGUGCUCAGUACCAAGCCCAGCUCCAAAAGAAUCUGCUUUAUCUGGCCGCCAUAGCUGAUGCACAGCCUCCAACUCCUUCAGUCCGUCCUCAGGUGGUUCCACACCCGGCAAUGCAGCAGGGAGGCCCUUUUAUCCAGCAGGGUGGUCCAGCAUUCCCUCCCAGGCCCCUCAUGCAGUACGCUCCUCAGCAAAUUCAUGGACAGCCGCGGAAUCUUCCACCACCAUCCAUGCCUUUUCCGAGCCAUCUGGGCCUCAGAUCCGGCGUCAUCAAUGGCAUGCAAUCCAUUCAUCUUCCUCUGAACUCUCACGGCGCGAGUGGCGGCGAGCUCCCGCCCAGCUCCACCAUGACCGAGCUCCCGCGAGGAAGUGCGCCAGUGAGUAGCUCGAUGGACGGACAAUCGAGCAGGCUGGAUGCUGGUAAGGCUGAUAUUUCGACCGGUGGCUCGACCGAUGGUCAGCGAAGUUCGGGCUCGGAACAUGUUGGCGGGGAGGUCGUCGAACCGCCCACGGCAUACUUGAAAAGGAAUGAAGAUUCCAAGACAUGAUGAGAUUAGAGUAAAGCUUAAGGAUUUUGUAUAUCUUUUUAGUAUGAUUUUCUCUCAAGUGUUGUGUUUGGGAGUGGUUUAGACUUUUUUUUCAAUGUUUCUUCAGCUUGACAAUAUGUUAAAUUGUUGGUAAGAGUUUUUUAAAUGAGGAUUUGUAUGUUUCA